AUGUCGGCCGAGCUGGAGAGCAUUCUGGAGCCGGAUCCCAGCCUCGUUGCCGGGCUGGAGGUCGAUAUGAACGGCAACAAUGAUGGCAUUAAUGGCAGCGAUGCCAAUGCCAUACCAAACUACGGUACAAGCAUAUACCCAAGAGUGCAAUUAGCCUACCAAGUCGAACAUCCCUUCGGCAACGCCGGAGACUCGGCAACCAUUGACUCUUCGCGAACCCUCUACGCUGAGGAUAUCGACUACGUCUGGGAGAACGGGCGCCGGUACUGCGGCGACUAUUGCAUGCCCAACGAUGCGAACGAGCAAACGCGCCAAUAUGUCCUCCACCAAGCCUACCUCAAGCUCCUCGAUCUAGAGUUGACGACGGUGCAGCUCCACAACCCAGAGCACAUCUUGGACAUAGGGACAGGCAUCGGGGAGUGGGCAAUAGGCGUGGCCGAGAAGUAUCCGAAUUGCGAGGUGUUCGGGACGGACAUCGCUGCGAUUCAACCUACCGACCAGGUGCCGUUCAACGUCGAGUUCCAGAUCGAGGACGCGCGGGAAGAAUGGAUUCGGCCCGCCGAUUCCUUCGACUUGGUCCACCUCAGGAACAUGGCUGGCGCCUUCUCUGACUGGUCCUUCAUCUACCAGCAAGCCUUUGCGUGUCUAAAGCCGGGCGGCUACAUCGAGAUCAUGGACUUUGACGACCACUGGGGAUCCGAGAAUUUCCUGGACUGGUUUCCGGAGGGCUCCCCCGUCGAGGUCAUGGCAACGGCGCUGCGGGAAGCCGCCAUCUUGGACGGGCGGCCCAAGGGCGUCAGCCACAUGGACCAGCAGCUGCUCAUGGACGUGGGCUUCGUCGACAUACACCAGUCGCGGCACGACCUGCCCGUCGGCAGGAGGGAGAACAGCAAGUUCGGAGACGACUGGCUCUUUGCGCUCGUGACGGGCGUCGAGGCCACGUGCUUCCGGCUUCUCACAAAGUACAAGGGGUGGGACGCGGAGUCGGUCCGGGACCUCUGCGACAGGGUCUCGCGCGACCUGAUGAAGAUGGCCGAGGACCCGAAGCGGGCAAAGGGCUUCGUUGUCAAGAUCAGGGUGCUCGUCGGCAGGAAGCCCGAGAUGCCGGGCCAGUGGACCGCCCAGGCCCUCGGCGAGCAUGGCGAGAUCAGGGACUAUAGCGGGGACGAGAGCACCAUCGAGAGCCUGUCUCGCUGCAGGUCGUAUGCCACGGAGACGGAGAGGGAGGCGAAGUCGGAGACAGAGGUGGAGAUGGAGCCGGCACCUCCAACAUGA